UGCCGCGGACGCCCGGCGGGGCGGAGGGAGCGCUCGGCGAGUCGGAGUUGAGGAAGUGGCCGUGGCUGCGAGAGAAAACGAGGAAGCGGCGGCGCAGCCCCUGUGCCGAGCGUCCCUUCCCGCUCCGUCCUGGCGCGCGGUACAGGGUAUUAAGUUUGCUACUUGGAAAAGAAAAACCAUGGCUUCCAACACAGCAAACCCCGCUAACCAUUUGCCAUAUUUCUUUGGCAAUAUUACACGUGAAGAAGCUGAGGAGUAUCUGAUGCAGGGAGGAGUGAGUGAUGGACUGUACUUGCUCCGUCAAAGCCGGAAUUACCUAGGGGGCUUUGCCUUAUCUUUGGCCCAUGGAAGGAAGGUUCAUCAUUAUACAAUUGAGAGAGAGCUGAGUGGCUCAUAUGCUAUUGCAGGAGGCAAGUCUCAUGCCAGUCCUGCUGAUCUCAUUAACUAUCACUCAGAGGAAGCAGAUGGCCUUGUCUGUCUACUGAGAAAACCUUUCAACCGACCACCAGGUGUUGAACCCAAAACAGGACCCUUUGAAGAUUUAAAAGAGAACCUCAUCAGAGAGUAUGUCAAACAAACUUGGAAUUUGCAGGGCUAUGCUCUUGAACAAGCUAUCAUUAGUCAAAAGCCUCAGCUGGAGAAGCUGAUUGCCACUACAGCCCAUGAGAAGAUGCCAUGGUUCCACGGGAGGAUAUCUCGGGAAGAGUCAGAACACCGUAUCCUCAUAGGGUCAAGAAACAAUGGAAAAUUUCUUAUCCGAGAAAGGGACAGCAAUGGUUCCUAUGCCCUGUGUCUGCUGAACGAUGGAAAAGUACUGCAUUACCGUAUUGACAGAGAUAAGACAGGAAAGCUCUCCAUACCGGAUGGAAAAAGAUUUGACACCCUCUGGCAGUUAGUUGAGCAUUACUCAUACAAACCAGAUGGAUUGUUAAGGGUUCUCACCAUUCCCUGUCCACAACUUGGCUCAGAAAAUGAUAAUGUAAUUUUUAACACUCGUCCUCCUCUUCCUGGGACCCCUCCUAAGAGUUGGGCAGGAGGUGGAAUUAUCUCAAGACUCAAAUCGUACACCUUUCCAAAGGCUGGCAGCAAAAAGUUUCAGCCAACUAUUGGCCACCCCACUGAUGAAGCAACUUUUAAUCCUUACGUGCUGCAAAGGAAAAGAGGUCUUGCAGGAGCAGAAAAAGGUGAUCAGAGAGAGGCCUUACCCAUGGAUACUGAGGUUUAUGAAAGUCCAUAUGCUGAUCCAGAUGAAAUGAAACCAAAAAAUGUCACUCUUGACAGGAAAUUGUUAACCUUGGAGGAAGGAGAACUUGGCUCUGGCAACUUUGGUACUGUAAAGAAAGGGUUCUACAAGAUGAAAAAGGGUGCCAAGCCAGUGGCUGUAAAAAUUCUUAAGAAUGAGAGUAAUGAUCCAGCCAUAAAGGAUGAAUUGCUGAGAGAAGCAAAUGUAAUGCAGCAACUGGAUAACCCAUAUAUUGUCCGAAUGAUAGGCAUAUGUGAAGCUGAGGCCUGGAUGUUAGUAAUGGAAAUGGCUGAACUUGGGCCAUUGAACAAAUUUUUGCAAAAAAAUAGACAUGUCACGGAGAAGAAUAUAACAGAGCUGGUACAUCAGGUUUCCAUGGGGAUGAAAUACUUGGAGGAGAAUAAUUUUGUUCAUAGGGAUCUGGCUGCAAGGAACGUGCUAUUAGUCACCCAACAUUAUGCCAAAAUUAGUGACUUCGGACUGUCUAAAGCUCUCAGUGCUGAUGAAAAUUAUUAUAAGGCACAAAGUCAUGGAAAAUGGCCAGUCAAGUGGUAUGCUCCAGAAUGCAUGAAUUUCUACAAAUUUUCUAGCAAAAGUGAUGUCUGGAGUUUUGGAGUUUUAAUGUGGGAAGCUUUCUCUUACGGGCAAAAACCGUAUAAGGGAAUGAAAGGUGGUGAAGUUGCGCAGAUGAUCGAAAGAGGAGAACGAAUGGAACGUCCUGAAGUCUGUCCAACAGAAAUCUAUGAGCUAAUGAAAUUGUGUUGGACGUAUGAUGUUGAUGACCGACCAGGAUUUGUCGCGGUCGAAAUGAGAUUACGUAACUACUAUUACGACAUUUCCCAUUAACAGCAUGAAGAACACCACCUUCCUUGUCUCCAGCCAGCACUCUCUGAGAAGCAGUUUCGUUUCCAAAACCAAGCAACUUGGAUUUUUGUACUGCCGCUUUCACACUGCAAAGCUCAGAGCUAAGCCCUGUGUCUAUAGGGUUGCUUAUUCUUGCCUUUUGUACAAAAAACAGCUCCAAAAUAGAGUGUUGAAAGUGGAGUGGUCCCAAAAUGAGUAGCAAAGAUGUCAGAGCAGAUGCUUAUACUGUUGCUACAUUCCAUUUGAUUUUAUUUACGGUUUUAUUUGCAUUACUUUUUGUGGUCAUGUAAAAUCUAUUUAAUGUCUUUCUGCUGUUUUCCUCUCUUGUUUUUGAAUGCAGAUUGGGAUUUACAUUCCUGUUAUUAAUAUUUCUAGCUCUCAAGUGCAUUUAGAGUUGUCCAGCCUUUACCCUCCUCAAGAAUAGUAUAAAUAUUUCUCACUGUGAAGGAGAUUCACUGUCAAAUUGUGUCAGUUGCUUUGACUGACAGGAUGUUUGAUUUUGUCCCCAAGCCCCUUUAAAACCAAACUGGAUUCUUCUCAUUAGUAAUGUAAGCAGAGGGGUACCGACAGGUAUUAAUUUCUAACAUCAUCAUCUUUAAAUGUGACCAACUUCUCUUGUUCCUUACAUCACGUGGAAGCCCAGCUGUCCCUCAGGGAGUUAUUUUUUUCCUGGUAAAGCCUGGGAACUCAGGGGCUUGGUCUCGUUUUGCAAUAAAAUAUAUCAUCACCUAAGACAAUGAUUCUGGGACUCAUCACUGUAUUCCUUAAAAGACAGCUGCACAGUGAAAGGUAAUGGAGCAGCACCUUCCUUUCUCUGUGUGCUUUGAGUCUUCUCCAGUGAUAUGUAUCUAUUUGGGUAUAGCAAGGCUCCUCGUGUUGUGUUUGGAGCAGCAAUCAUUUCUACCUUUUUUCCAAUCUUUAUUGAGAAGUAUUUGCAAGACUUCAGCACACCUCUCAUUACCAAGACUUCAUUACCACCUCUAAAGCUAAAUUUCACCACUAGCUCAAAUAUUUUAAAACAGGCUUACGGACAUUGAGUUUACUUUUGUCCACCCCGAAGUGUUGGCAUUUGUCCUGUUUUUAAUCCCUGUGAGCAUCUCAGGAAAAGCUGUUGGUCUUAUCACUCUUUUGCAAUGUACCAUGCAUCUCCAUUAAUGUGCAAGUAUAGCAAUGGUAAUAGCAAAUAAGGUAAUCAAAUUCUUAUUCUGUUUUUACCCUUAUGCUUUGUUUGUUUAAUCUCAUUUUAAAUAUUAUAGGUAUCAACAUUUUUAUCACUUAUUCCUCACAAGCAGCUACUUUACUGGUAUUUACAUAUAUCUCAGGAGUCUUCCAGCAUUGCAUCCACUAGAUACAGAGAUUGUAGAAGACUAUGAAGAAUAAGAUUUAGAGUUGGAUAUAUUUAUUGCAUAUGGCUGGUUAGAACAUACAUGUUUCGUGUUUUUGUGAAUAGGCUAUUCUUAGAGAUGCAGUGAUAUUUUUUUCUCUAGCCAGGAAACUGUGGUCAAUUACAGUGAGAAAGUGUGAAAUAAUUUUCAUAGAAUACGUGACUAUAAACAAAUGUAGGAGUUACUGUAUUUUUUUUCUUUUUCCUAAGUUUGUGGUCUAUUUUUUUAAAAAAAUACCUGGUGAUUUUUGGUAGUUUAAUCUUGGAUGUCCAGUUCGAGACCCUUCAGAAAGUACGUGCUACUGAAGGAUAUUGAGUGCAAUAGACCAUGUUUCAAAUGUGACCAAACAUUACUUUUAUUGAAAAUUAUUGAACUUUUUUUUUUGUUGUUUUAAUAAACAUUUUUCUACAAUAACAGCUUGUCUAGAAAUUAGAAGUAUUUAUAUGUGGGUGUUUUGUCGCUUUAAUCCUGUUGCAGAGAAAUCAUUCACUCUGUAUGUGAAUUUAGUAUAUUCAUGGGGAUAUUAGUUAUAAACAAAUUGCACAAAUCUCUACUAGCCAGCUACUGACAGUACUCAAUGUUCCUGAGACAUAUAUUUGCCUAUCUCUUUAUUUCAAAUGUUAUCUGAUACAAAAAAAAUGGAGGAAUAUUUCUUCCACUUCAUUCUUAAUGAAUGACAGUUUCUGGUCUUACUUGAUUAUUUUUAAAUUCACUAUUACGUAAAGUUUACAAUGAGAAUGUAAUGUAUUGUGAAAUAAGUGGAUUAGGUUUUAAAAUUGAAAUUAAAGACACUUUUA